AAAAAAUUUAAGGAAUUAAGUUAAUUUUCAGUUAUCGCCACUAUAUCUUUUAACGAUAUACUAACGAUUUCUUGAUUGAAAAAAAUUAGAACCGCGGUAUAUAUGAUGAAGGAUACACAUUUAAAAACUAAGAAAGCUUAGUAGAGAUUAACUAUAUAUACAUUUUUUUUUAAAUUGAUCUAGAGUAUUGCAGUCACUUGAUGCAAUCUACAUACUACAAUAAUACUACAAUACUAAAAGUUUGAAAAAUGUAACAUUAUUCGUAUUAUUUGAGAAUAUAUAACAUCUAUGCGGUACCAAAAUGUUGAAACCACGUCUGCAUAAUUGCUUACUUUUAACGUCACUUGUGCUCUCAAUACCAUUUGUUGUGCUUUUUAUAAUGAUGGGUCCACAGUUGUCCACUGAGCCACCAUUGCAUAUUCAUGCGUCUUCUUCACUUACGUUCGUAUCUGCUGCAACUGGUAGUCCUGCUGCUAACUUAUUGAAAUCUUUGAGUCCUGAAGCUCGCCAAACUUUAAAAAAUGCAUCACAUGCUCAUUCUGCACAACGUUACUCCACAAAUACAGCUGUGAGUCUGCCUACUGUUUAUCAUUUUCUGCCCCAUUUACUCGAUGAUUCCGCAUCUUUACGACCUGCUUAUUUAUAUAGUAAGGGUCGCGCUGAUGUUAGUAUUGUUUUGGGCAUACCAACGGUUAAACGAGAGAAGCAAUCCUAUUUACUUGGCACAUUACAAAAUCUAAUAGAAAAUAUGAAUGAAGAAGAGCAAAAUGAAACACUUAUCAUAGUUUUCAUUGGGGAAAUGGAUCAGAGUACGAUUCAAUUCAUCACGAAACAAAUAGUUACUACUUUCGAAGCAUACGUCGACAGUGGACUAAUCGAUGUUAUUGCACCAGCUUCUUCGUAUUAUCCUGACUUUAACAGAUUGCGUAUAACACUGAAUGAUUCUUUAGAACGGGUUAAAUGGAGGAGUAAACAAAAUUUGGAUUUUGCGUACUUAAUGGCCUAUGCACAAUCAAAAGGUACAUUUUACGUUCAGCUGGAAGAUGAUAUUUUAACUCAACGCCGUUUCAUAACAACGAUGAAAAAGUUUGCCAUCACUAAAAGUGCUCUAACUAAUUCGUAUCAUCCACCUUGGUUUAUUUUAGACUUUUGCCAAUUAGGUUUUAUUGGGAAAAUGUUUAAGUCGACUGAUCUGCCAUAUCUCAUAACAUUCUUUCAUAUGUUUUAUAAUGAUAAACCGGUCGAUUGGUUGCUUGUUAGUUUCAUAGAAUCAAAAGUAUGUACCAAUGAUAAAGAUAAAAAGCAGUGCAAUCAGGAAAAAGCAAAAUACUGGUUACACUAUCGAAUAUCAUUAUUUCAGCAUAUUGGUACAAGUUCAUCUCUGAAGGGUAAAGUCCAACGACUGUCAGACAAUGAUUUUGGAUCGUUGCUUUCACCCAAUCCACCAGCGACAGUUAUGUCUACCAUAAUUCCAUAUAAAGAUUAUUCAAUUGAACGCGCUUAUUAUGGUGAAACGUACUUUUGGGGUCAACCACCAAAAUCGGGUGACAUCGUGCAAUUUACAUUUGAAAAACCAAUACAAAUUCGUCGUUAUUUUUUUCGAAGUGGUAAUUUGAAAAAUCCUUUAUAUCGUUUCUACAACACAACUGUAGAAGUAUUACCCGCCGUCAGUUUAAGCAAAUAUGCAUACUUUUGGAGCACGUACAAUUCUACUACCGAUGGUUACUUAAUUGUUGGAGUGUUUAAUGUAUAUGGUAUGACGCACGGUGUCUUAGGAGCAUUAUUUGGCGCAAUUAGAGGAAUGCGCUUAUAUGUCCACAGUGAUAGUGAAAAUUGGGUGAUCUUGAAUACGAUUUAUAUAGAAACUCGGAUAUAACUAAUAAUUAUUGAAAGUAAAAAUAAAAUUAUUAUAGUAAGAAACUGAUUGUUGCAUCAUCCCCGUAAAGCAAAGAAUUCAUUUCGAACAUAAAAUAUAUCUGAGAAAUAUGA